AGGUGACAAAAUGUCCGACUCUUCAGACGCAGAGAACGAAGUCAUCGAGAAAACUCUGAAAAAUGUGGAAUUCAUACAAACUAUGAUAGAUAGCACAGCGAAACUACUGCUAGGUUUACGAAAUGAAUGUGCAGCAACAAAUGAUUUGACACAGAAUGAAAUUAGAGAACAGGAGAGUAAGCUGCUGAAAUUGUUCAGUAAACAGUUGGUUCAAACCACCAAAGCUGACCCCCAGCACACUCAGGAGAAGCUAUCUGGUUAUCCCAAGACUGACCAAUGGCUGACCGUGGUCGGGCUACCAGAGAAUGCUGUACAGGAGAUCCUGAAGCGAGAUAUCAAGUUAGGGACACUGCUGGAGAUGACAGAGGAAGAGGUGCAGAGUCUUCUCCAGCGAUUAAACACUGCAGAAGAUGACAUCACCAAACUAAACACCGCCCUACGGAACCUCAAAAUAUGGACCGGGAGAGAGCUGCAUGGUGGUCUGGGGGAGAGUGACAUUGAGCUUCACUGGACGCGCUACCGGUCACCUUCCAGUAGUCCCUACAACAGCUCCCCCAACAACCCUUCAUCAGGCCGUCCCUCCACGUCAUCGGAGACCUCUCAGCUCCUCCCCACCCCUCCACACAGCACCCCCUCAUCUCCAUCACCGGUCCACCAGGAAAGACAAAACAGAAUCACCCCUCCAGCCACCCCUCCCACAACGCGACCCUUACAACACAACACGACUAGCAGAAUCCCAAGCACCCCACCCCCGCCCAGUAGGAUCAAGGUCAAGAGCCCUUCUACGGCGGUCCCCAUCACCUCAAGCAAGUCCUACACCAACCUCCACACCAAUCUCCACAUCAAAGUGGUCGACGUGGACGGAAUCAACAAAUUUAACAAACACUUAAUUACUAGACCGUCCCAUCCACCCCUGAUUAAAUCCUAUUCGGAAGAGCGAAGAAAACGACCAGAUUUGACACUGGAAAAUACACACGUGGUUCGAAGGCCAUCCAAUGAGGACCCCUACCCCUCACCCUCACAGACUUCUCCCUCUUGUCUGGACAGUAAUCUCAGUAUUCCUCCCGGGCGGUCUCCAAAGUGUGUCCACAGAUUUAAGAAAGGCUACAUUAUGAGUGGGACGUGUGAAGUCUGUAACAAGCAGAUUUACUUCAGGGGGAAGACAUGCAAAAUUUGCAAGUUUAAGUGUCACAGAGACUGUACAAGUCGGGCUCCAACACAGUGUCUCCCAGAUUUCUACCUGAUAGAUCUAAAACACAGAGAUGGUUCCCCUAGUCCAAGUGCAGAAAGAAAUGGCAUUCACCUGAAACCAAGCAAAAACAGUUCGGUUCCAGCUUUUCAUACCACAGACUCUGGUUCCAAUCCAUCUUCAUGUAAUUCUUCAACUCCAUCCUCCCCCACCACCAUGCGCUACACACCCUCCCCGGCCAACACACAAAACCUGACCACGUUCACCUUCCCAGAAAUUGUAGAGCCCAGUGCCAAUGGUGAUGUUUUAGGAAAAGACUCCUCAGUGUCCAGUAGUAGAGAUGUGGUGGGUACGAACACCUCAGAUGACAGCAACAAAACACUAGUAGAUAGUAAUGCUUCAGAGAAAACACUAGAGAGGGAAGACUCCAUAGACAGUCAGGAUGGCAUUAUUCACCACUGGGACAGGGGCAACAGUCUAUCUGUGACAUUAAAAGAGUGGGAUAUUCCAUUUGAGCAGUUAAAGUUAAUGGAUAAAAUUGGAACCGGUCGAUUUGGAACAGUGUAUAAGGGCACUUGGCAUGGACAGGUAGCCAUUAAAAUGUUACACAUGGAUCCAGAUUCCGACAACAACCAAGCUCAACUGUCAGCAUUCAAACUUGAGGUUGCCAUGUUGAAGAACACACGGCAUGAAAACCUGUUAUUAUUUAUGGGUGCUUGUAUGAAACCUCCACACCUGGCCAUAGUCACCAGUUACUGCAGUGGACAGACAUUAUAUACAUAUGUCCGUACCAAUGCCCGCGAAAAAUUCAAUAUGAACAAAACUAUUAUGAUAGCUCAGCAGAUUGCACAGGGUAUGGGUUAUUUACAUGCAAGAGGAAUCAUCCAUAAAGACUUGAAAACAAAGAACAUUUUUCUAGAAAAUGGCAAAGUUGUAAUCACAGACUUCGGACUAUUUAGUGUGACCAAAAUCUGCCAUGGAAAUAGGAAGGGUGACUGGUUGCACAUCUCUCCGGGCUGGCUGUGUUACCUGUCCCCUGAGGUCAUUAGGUGUCUACACUCUGGGAGAUCAAAAGUAGACCUGCCGUUUUCUGAAAAGUCUGAUGUUUACGCAUUUGGAACAAUUUGGUAUGAGUUGCUAGUUGGUGACUGGCCCUUCAGAAACCAACCACCAGAGUGCAUCAUUUGGCAGGUUGGGAGGGGGAUCAAGCAAUCUCUGGGGAGCGUCAUGGCUUCAAAGGAGGUCAAGGAUGUUUUAAUGGACUGCUGGUCCUACCAGCCCGAUGAUCGACCACAAUUCAGAGCACUUCUAAAGUUGGUGGAGAAGCUACCGAAGAAACGAUUGGUCAGAAGCCCCUCCCAUCCUGUCCACUUAUCUCGCAGCGUGGAUUCCGUGUUCACGGCCUGAUCACUCAUCCGGAAUCAUGUCACUGCUCAUGUGGAACCAUGUCUUUCUUGUUAGAAUGGCUGUGAGAAUUGAUUACUAAAUACAGUGUUGUAGUGGUUAAAUAAAAAUCAUGUCCAGAAAGAACAAAAGUGGAACCAAGAUAGUGACUUGGACAUUAAAGGGAGAAAAAUUCACAUACUGAAAAGGAAUUCCUAGAUUUUGAAACCAUCUGCAUACACAGGUUCACACGAGACUGUCACAGAACAGGUUUGUUAUCCUGAGAUGCAUGUAUUCCGUCUGAGGAAGCCGAGGAACAUGUGGAAUAGGCACAAUUAUUGUCACAGAGUGAGACUCCGAAGUGCUUUUAUUUUGUGUACGUUCAAUGAUUGUUAUUUAUUUAAUAUUCAAAUCAAGCUUUUCACCCUCAUCCUUCUCCAUUCCAAAUCUGUGUGUUUAAAAGAGUGUGUGGAAAAUGUGGAUUGCUGGGUGUUUGAUGCUCAAAGUGUUUGAAACUAUUUUAGUACUUCCCUUCUCGUAAUAAUUAAAUAGAAAAAAAAAUUUUUCUUUUGUUUAUGACUAUAAAGGGUUUUUUGGUUUUAAUGUCAGUAUUUUAUUGAAUUCUGUAUGUUAAAUAUCUGACAAACCUCCUCCCCCCUUCCCUUAGAUUUAAUCAUUCAGUUACAUCAAGGGCAGUAUGUUGAAAAUGUUUAAAGGAGCGAAUGUAAGUGCUUUAUAAGACAUUCCUGAGUUUCAUAUGACACGGCCUUCCAAAGAAAGUGUCUACAAAACAUUCAAAACCUUAUGCAAAAUGUGAUAUAUAUACAUGUUUAUAUAUAUUUCACGCCAUGACCAUUUAAUAGCAUUUUUUAGAAUGUUUGGAGCUGUAGAGUACAUUUUAUUUAGUAGCUGGUGUGUUUUUGUCAUUUUAAUGUAAUUUAACAUUGCAUUCUUUUUAUUUUCGCUGAGGUCAGUAGUAUUUAGAGAUGAAUAUAAAAAAUUAACACAAUUGUCCAGAUGGACAGAGCAUAAUGACUGUGUUACUAUUUAUUCUUAGACAGUUUAUUAUUUGUACAUAUCAUUUUAAUCAUCUCAUCAUGUAUGUUGUCCUCUGUUUUAUUUUUGUGAUUUUUUUUACAAGUACAAUUGUACAAACUAGAAUCAAUAAGCCAGUAUUUUGAAAACUUUUGUUUAAUGACAGAAUUUCAAACAAACCAGUUUAUUAGGCAAAGUGUGCAUAAAAAAUGCGAAUUCAGGUGCAGUUUAGAUCAAUUUGCUUGUUAAACACGGUGCAUGUUUUACAAUGUAUACAAUAGCCUAUCAAAGUUCAAGUUUUAUUCUGCUUAGAUGUCCAGCAUCCAAACUAUUCAUGUACCUAUGAGUGCAAUUCAUUUUAUCUGUCCUCCUUGAAUUAUGUAAACAUCAGCCAUUGCGUUAUUAUUAAGGUUAGCACUAAUGUAAUUAACUUUUAUUCAAUUUUACAUUGAUUUAUUCCUGAAAUGUAUUUUUUUUUAAUUUUGUUGAUACACAGGUGAAAUUACAUGUGUAUUUGAUAUGUCCUUUACAAAAUACACACAUUCAAGUUAAACUUUGCUUUUGUGUAAUGCAAGCCACAUACUUACCUUAAAUACUGAUUCCUGUGAACAAGUGGACCUAGGCGCAAAAUUUUUACUUAUGUGCCGUGUGUUUAAAAUUAUGCAGAAAAUGAGAUAGUUUGUAGAAUACAUACAUGGGUCACUUAAUGACUGGUUUUUGUGAGACAGCAAUGCAAUGCUUCUUUCCUGAUAGACCUUAUUUAUGUGUGUCGUGAUUCAUCAACAUUGUUCCCAUCAUGCAAUACCAGACUUGUCAGAGUAUGAAUGAAAAUUUACCUCCAUGUUGUGGUAUGCGUGUGUGUGUGAGAGAGAGAUUUUAAUUAUAGCUGCUUUUUCUCUGGACAGAUAAAAAAAAUAUAAGAGUGAUGUGUAGUCUAAAGCUGUGAUAAAAUCAUAUUAGAAGUCUGAAUGAGUAUAACUGUAUAUGGAAUAAAUGGUCAGUCAUACCUCAUCUUUUUCAAAAAAUUUUAAAAGGUAACUCUUUAAAUGGCAACCAUUUAAAUCAAAAAAUUUCAUGGGAUUUACAGAUUCUAAAACUGAUUCUUUGGCAUAGUUAGAUGAUUUUUGUCAUUGUUUUUGGAUAACACGGGGCAUUACUUUAACCCAAAUCCUAAAAAUUUUGUCAGUGUAGUAGUUUGGAACACCUUUGAUUCUAAGCCCUAAAUGUAGUGUGUCAAGUAUUAAUUACGUGUUUGGUGUGAGAUUAUGUGGUGUGUCAUAUUGUGAGAGAAAUCCGAGGUGAUAAAAUAAAUAUACAGCUUUAAAACAAAAGAAAUCUUUUAACUUUUAGACUAAGUAUCUCUCUGACUCUAGAAUAUUUUUCACAAAAAAUGAUUUUUUGCAAGUUUAUUGCUUCAGAAUAAUACCUACCACAGUACAGAACAAGAAUAUAUAAUAUCCUACUAUGUUAUUUCAAUGAAUGUUUAUUCCCUGUUGGUCAGCAUAAUCCCACAAUUCUAAUGAGUAUGCUUAUGAGCCAAUUUUUAUCAGACCUGGCAUUAUGUUUAUCUGGGUAUGCAUAGACUCUUUCCAUCUUAAAACUGAAGGUUCUGUUAAUAAACAAUUAAAAACUAAAUUGCCGGACAGAUUUCAGAUAAUUUCUAAAAAUAACUAAGAGUUCCACUUACCCCAGUUAUUGUUUAAAAUUUCAUUUUGUUUUAGACGAAGAGCAUUAGUUUAAAAUUCACCCUCAAAUAUCAAUAUUUUAAAAAUAUUUAAAAAUUAUGUUUUUAUUACUUGUGAUUCUUUGUUGAUAAAUUAUGAAAAUCUUUUAGAAAAGUAAAUACAAUGUAUGCUGUUCUUGUAUAUGACUUCAGCAUUUUUAAAAUACUGCGACAAGAAAAACUCGAGUCAGGUACCUAAAUUUAGGCCUAACACACAUAUGAUAGAACUGUAUAUUGCCACUAUUGUGUUGGAAUUUAUAAAGAUCCUUAAUUUAAUCUGCAUUAGUAUCAGUACUUCUCUUUGUAUGAUAAUUACAUUGCAUCCUUCACACAAAGACAAGACUCCAUGCAGGGAAAUAUCUAUUCGAAACAUAGAGAUAUAGCCAUGAAAGUGGGGGGAUUCUCAGACAUAUAGAAAAUAUUAUCUCAAAACAUUUUGCUAUUGUGAGAACAUGACUGUAAGGUGUGUUUUUUUUUCUAUAUUGACCAUUGUUGAUUCUCUUUAUUUCUAUGUGCAAUAUGCCAUGUGUAUAUAAAGUGAUGAAAAUUAAAAAAAAAAAUCUG